AUGGUUGUUGAUUCAUUGGUUUAUCAUCCAACAGUUUCCAAGUUGGUUAAAUUCUUGGAUACCACUCCAAAAAGAGAAAAAGUAUUUAGAUUGUUGACUUAUUUAUCAAGAUUCCUUGGAUUUUAUUCAUUCAAGAAAGGUUAUUCUAAAGAAACAAUUGAAUUAUUUGCUAAUUUAAAAGCAAAUUUCACAUUUAUUAGAAAAGCAAUGAGAUUUUUAAAACCUAUAAAUCAUUUACAAGUUGCUUCUAAAACUUAUGAUAAUAAAUUAAUGGAUCCUUUCUUACAAUUAACAACUAUAAUUAGAAAUUUAGCUUAUGCUGGAUAUUUAACUAUUGAUGGGGUUAUAUUUUUCAAAUUAUUAGGUAUUAUCAAUGCUAAAAAAUUCCCAAAUUUACCUAAAUAUGCUUCAAGAUUUUGGUUGGUUGGUUUAAUUGCUGGAUUAUUAAAUUCUUUAAGAAUUAUUUAUUCUUUGAAAGAUUAUGAAUACCAAGAAGGUGAUAAUGAAAAAGAAGUCGAUAGUAUUGCUAUUAAAAAUAAAUUAUAUCAAGCUAAAAGAAAAUUAAUUUGGGAUUUAUUGGAUACUUUUAUUGCUUUGAAUUCUUUGAAUAUUUUACAUUUCACUGAAGGUGAUAUUGGUGUUGCUGGUACUAUCACUUCUAUCAUGGGUUUGAAUGAUCUUUGGAAAGCUACUUAG